CGCCGGGAAGGGUUCUCUGCGGCCGCCGGGGAGGGUUCUCUGCCGGCCGGCGGCGGAGGAUGCUGCCGCGGCGGCCGCCGGACGACCUUUCACUGAGGCAGGGGCGCCACAGGGACGGUCAGCAGAGCCGCCACCCGCCACCAGGCAGUCGUGGCCCGGAGUCUCCCCGAGAAGGAUUCGCCAGCGCAUCUCCCCAGCAUUCAGCCAUGGUGACACUGCGACUAGUUGCGCUGCUGGCGCUCUGUGCGCUGGCCGCCGCGCAGAACGAACAAAAGUCGAUUGCCGACUUCAAGAAGCCGUUCCGCGUCGUCGCCAACCUGAUUGUCGACGAGAACUUCUUCCUGCUGCGUGAACUGACUGAGGAGGAGCAGAGGACCGGCAAGGUCGACCUGGAGGAUCCCUUCAACGAGAAGAGCCGGCCCCGCACCACCACCACUACCACCACCACGACCACCACCACUACUGCCAGCAGCCGCUCCGCGCUGGCCGGGCGGUUCGCGCAGGACAUCUCCGGCCUCCUCCCGCCGCCCUCCUUGGCUGCCGCCCCCGCCCCCGCCGCUCGCGCCCCCGCCCGGCCGUCGAGCUCGGGAGCGGGCCGCUUCUUCCCCCGUCGGCCCGUCGUCUCGCCUUCUGCCGCGGCGGCGUCCGCGAAGCCGACGCGCCGCGGCGGAGUGAGGAGGAAGGUGGUGCGUCUGCCGGCCCCGCGUCCCGUUGCCAUCACCACCACCACUGAGGCGGCUCCAGUCACCACCGAGAAGCCCACCAAACCCACCAGGCCCACCACCGCCGCUCCCGCCGCCCCGGUCGCCAUCCGCCGUCAGCCGGCCCGCGCCCGCGCCCCCGCUCCCGCCCUGGCCGCCCGCGCUCCCGCUCCCGCCCCAAUCCCUGCCCUGGCCGCCGACCUGGCCCCGGCGCCGGCCCUGACGAGGUUCGACGAGGCGGCGGCGGCCGUGAAGAGGAUCCCGGGCACCUCGCGGCGGGUGGCGCGCGUGGAGUCUGAACGCGAGAGCGACAUCAACUCGCUGCACCGCCGACUGCCUGGUGGCUCGCAGACGGUCGUGCGUGACAUGCACUCGUCCGACUUCAGUUGUAAGGACCGCGAGUACGGUUACUACGCCGACAUGCAGGCCGACUGCCAGGUGUUCCACAUCUGCACCCCGAUCGUGCACCCGGACGGCUUCGCGCAGAACCUCAAACACAGCCUCUUCUGCAACAACGGCACGCGGUUCGACCAGCGCACGCUGACCUGCCGCGAUGAGGCGCUGGCCCUGCCGUGCGCUGAGUCCGGCGACUACUACGCCAGCGUCAAGUUCUUCGAGAAGUUCGACAUCUUCGAGCGCGCCCGCGCCGAGGACGAACAGAGGCGCACCAAGGUCCUGAGCCGGCUGGAGACCCUGGAGGACGUGGAGGCGCUGGAAGCGCAGCUGCAGUAGCUGCCGCACGUCUGUGACCAGGGUGAAUGUGGUUGAAUGUUGAAUGGAUGCAUCAGUAGAUGAUUGACGCCCGUGUGAUGGGUUGAAAGGUGCCGUGAACUGGAUAUGUUGUGUGUUGAACACCUACUGCACGAAGGAGCUUCCAACAUUCUUGCUGCAGCAUAUUAGUGUUGUUGAAGGAUUGUUGGUACUUUUCUGCGCAUCAGAGGUCACGGCACGUCACUGAUGACGGUAGCGAAUGUUCACAUCUUUGGUCCUUUUAUCGAUUCAAUGUGUUUGUUGUGGCGCGCUGGUGUCGACAAUUGCUCUUGUUGCUGAGUGCGUGAGGGUCCGUGUACUGGUUUAUUUCUCUUGUUACGGAGGAGUCGCAGAACCUUACUUUGCUUACCAGUUGGUUGAUCUAUAUUUAGCUAUAAAGAUAAUGACGUCUCCUAAACCUAGUUAUUCGUUUCGUAUAACUUUCCGUGUUUUCCUGUAGUUCAACAAAUUAAUUCGGACAGGCAUGAGCCCAACAUUUUUUGGGGUGUGAUGGCUUGAUGUGAAUAUUGUUAAGGGUAUGAUUGGGAAAAGGUGCACCCCGACAAGCGAAUGCUGUUUUAAGACGAACAUGUCAUGAUGAAACUUUUGUAAUAAAGACAAUGAAGAAG